AUGACCCGGGGUAGGCCGUACCUUAAAGAAGGUGCUCUUAAAGUGAUGGAAAGAAUCUUCGAGGAGACCAAAUAUUCUACGGCCUUGAACGGCCCGGAAGGGCAUAUGCCCUUUCUUCGUCUUUCCCCGUGCGAGAGGGGUUCGUUAGAAGAAAGAGAUAGAGGAGACAUUUACAGAGGCCGAGAUCUCCAAGUACUCACACACCAGUUCGAAACACCGAACAGCGGCCCAGCUAUUUGGAUGAAGCUUGGAAGGUCUGCUCGCUUCUCGAUCCUCUUCUCCUCAACGUCGAGUGCUUGUUCGGAACUGUUGGCGACGCCGCCGCGAAGGGCUUCUCCAUUGUCGUCUGUGCUCGAUUUGUUGGUGCCCAUCUCUCUCUUCGAGUUCUCUCUCUAUUCGAGGCUUCGAGCUCUCUCUGUCUCUCUCUUUCUCACUGCGACGUGUCUCGCUGCUCGGCUGUGGAGUAUUCACCGCGCCGUCACCAUCUUUCCUCCCUCGCCGCUGACUGCUGAUUACAAGAGGGCUACUGAACUAGAAGACAUCAUACGUACGAAGAAUUCGACGAUCUCAAAAUUAAAGAAGGAUUUGGUGGUUCUAGAACAAAAGGUUAUGCAGCUUACUAGAGAACGCCGAGCCUCCUUCACUGUCUUUUAUUUAAUAUUCAAUUAAACCGGUUGAACUCCGGUCGAACCAGUGAAUCAUUAAACCAGUGACCUCACCGAUUUAUUGACCGAGGAUUAGGGCAAGGCAUUGAAGUUGAAGUGUGGAAGAGUUCUUAAGAGGUUGUUUCCACUAAAGGAAUGGAGGCAUAUGGCAAAUCUAUGGUUGCAGCUCCUGCAAAUGUUAUUUAUAUGUCGAGUAUUUUGGGCCGUGAUGGACCAACUCCUAUGCAUAAGUGCGACUGGAAAUGUUAAAAAGAAAAUGUUUGUGGGAACAUGUAUCGCUGCAAGCUAACAGGGCUAACUCACAUCUGUGAUAAAAACUGUAACCAGAGAAUUUUGUAUGAUAACCACAGCUCGCUUUGUAGAGCAAGUGGUCAAAUUUUCCCCCUUACACCAGCAGAGGAACAAGCAGUGAGGGGUGUUCGAAGAAAGCUCGAUGCGGAUAAUUCAUCGUCUGAUGGCUGUGGUUUUAAGCGUAGACGGGAGGCACAAUUCCAUACUUCUCCUUUCGAGAGAUCUUUUUCUGCUGUCAGUCCUAUCUGCAGCCAAGUUGGAGAUGGCAUGGAUAUGAGCUAGAUACAUAUUUCCUUCCUUUUUGGAUCUUUUUUCUUUUUCCCUUUUACUAUCAGAUGAGUAUCAAUUACAGCACUUGAAUAAAUGGACUACCUAUUGGUGGACAACAUGUAUGUCCAUCCACUUUGAGAACUCUUUAUAUUUCCAGUAAUAAUGUAAUGUGGCACUUAAAGUAGCUUGACUGGUUUAGUAUUCAGAUGACUUUAGUUUAUUGCUUACCUUGGUGGGAAGCAGACAUUUAGCUGGCUACAAGAUGAAACUCAGACUUUAUGAUGCCUGGAUUUGAUUUAGGACCUGAAAUGAUGUACUAUGUAUCAGCAUUCAACAAUUUACUUAACUGUAACCCUUUUCUAGCUGGCUGUUUUGUAGUUUCUAACGAAUAUCUAAUUGCAAUGCAUAACUUUCCAA